AUUUGAUCAACAUUUAUUAUUGUAUGGUAGUUCGUUCUGAACGUUUCGAUAUUUUAUAGUUUGACUCGUUUAUUAUGGCAAAUAUUCAGCAAGGUACUUUGUCAAAUAUAAAAAAUAAAGAUUUGGUGUAUACAUGGAUUUCAUUGCCCAAAAAACAAAGGAAAAAUAAGUUAGUUGAAAAGGUUCUAAACCUAAUGAGACUUCAGACUGUCACGAAAGCAACUAAGUGGGAAUUUGAAAAAUCUGUUGGCAUUUUCUGUAGAAAAAUAAAUAUUAAAUGGCAAAAAAAUUUUCGCAGAAAAGAAGAGUUUUUAGCCAAAGAAAGCAAAUGGCUGAACUCUGAAAUACAAUAUAUAUGACCUCAUCACUAAAAGCUAUUUUAAGAAAACCAGCUGUUCCAGGUAACACUUUGACAGAACAAAGCACUUCUCGUGGAAGACCUUAUGUAGCUUUUGGGGAGUCAAGUGAGAAGACUAAAAAGAGGCGAAUUGAAGAACUGGUCUUAAAAUACACCUUGGAGGAGCUUUCUUUUGCGGUAAAAGAAUUAUCUAAAAAAAGUAAUAGUCAGGUUGAGUUUAAGGAGUUCAAAAAACAUUCUUUGACUUUACAGGAAACUUUAGCGCUUUAUCUUCAGUUAGAUCUUUCUCAGAGAAAAUAUAACUUACUUAGAUCAAUUAUUAAUAGUGUGCAUUCAGAAUUUUUACCUAGCAUCUAUAAACUGCGACAGUUUCGAGACAGUUUAUUACCAAAAGAUAUUAUAAACACAGUACAAGGAUCUGAAAUAAAUCUACAACAACUUCUUGAUUAUACAUUAAAAAGCAUUUUAAAAUCAAUAUUAGACAAAGAAUAUAUAAAAAGUGAAACUUUAACACUGACAUGUAAAUACGGAUUCGAUGGAAGCUCUGGGCAUAGCACCUACAAACAAGUAUUUAGCUCCACAGAAAUGACUGACGAAUAUUUAUUUUUAGUUGCUAUGUCACCCCUUAACUUGUCAGAUGAAAAAGGUUAUAUUUUUUGGAAUAAUCCUCGCUCUUCGUCAAAAUUUUUCUGUCGACCAAUUAAAUUUAUUUUUGUUAAAGAAAAUUCCUAUUUAGUUAAAACAGAAGUCUUGAGACUGCAGCAAGAAAUAAACGAUUUAAAACCUAUAAUUAUAAAUUUUCAAAACAAAAAUUACACUGUAAAUUUUAAAUUUCACUUUACAAUGCUUGAUGGAAGUUGCAUUAAUAUCUUAUCAGAGACUAAUUCUACUCAAACUUGCUUCAUUUGUGGAGCUACACCAAAACAAAUGAAUACAAAAGAAGUUCUUAAACGACCAGUUAAAAUCGAAAAUUUUAAUUUUGGGAUGUCAUCUCUUCAUUCGUGGAUCCGUAGCUUCGAAUGUUUAUUACGUAUUGCUUAUAGGCUUUCUUUUAUAAGCUGGCAAGUAAAAGGCACAGAAAAAAAAUUUCAGAUAGUGACUAACUAAAUAAUUUUCUUUUUCUUCCUUUCCUAUGUUAAGUAUAUUUUUUUGUACUACUGAAAAAAAUUUUUUGUUUUUAUUAUUUAAAGUUGAUUAUAUAAAGUUG